UAAACAUUGCUGCGCAAACUGUGUUUCUGGUUUUGUUUUGGUUUAUAUAUAAAGAACAUGAUUGAUGCUGCUAUUUUCUUGUAAACUGUAAUAUUCAUUAUUAAAAACACAAUGAACACACGUUACCAAGUUUUUGAAUUUUCAGUUGAAGGAAGGCAAGUGGAAGAAGUUGUUGCUUCAGUAUUUCAUACACUUCUUUUUCAUAGAACAUUAGGAAAGUGUCAUUUUAAAAAUGAAGGAAAUAAUUAUACAGUGAGCACUAUGCAUUUUGAAGAUGUUACAUGUGAUUUUGUGGACUUCACAUAUGUUAGGUGUGCAUCUGAUGAAUUAAACAAGUAUGUUUCACAAGAAAUAAAAUCUUUCUCUACAGCUUUGAGAAGUCAAGAAGGUCCUUACAGUGGUCAGAUAUCCUUGGAGUUUUAUCAGAAAAAACGCCCAUGGUAUAUUGCUCCUGAAGUUAUAUCUGCUUGGGAAGUUUGGACUGUAAAAAUUAAUGUUAUAACUUUGCCAAAUGAACAUGAGAGACAAGUGUAUAGGGAAAAGAUGGGUGAUGUACUGGCUGAAAAAAUUUUUGAUAUAGUGUCUGCAAUGAACAAAUAUGACUAUGUACCAAAAAUUCCUGAUCAAGCUAAUGUUAAUUUAUAUUUUGAUACAUCUUAUCGUGAUGUCCAGCCUUAUUUAUUUAAAAUUGAACACAAAACAUCUGGGCCAACAAAUCCAUCUGUUGGAGAUGCUGUUCGUAGGCUAAUAAAAGAUACAUUAGCGCUUUGAGAUUUAUUUGGAUCCUUUUUAGUUUAUCAGUGUAUCUGAAGCAAAAUCAAAAUAUUUGUUAAUGAAGCUUGAAAAGGUUCAGGAUGCCAAAUCACAAACGUGGUUUUCUUUGAGCCAAAUUGAUUGGCAGUACUCAUGCAAUGAUUUUAUUGUUCCUAUUUUUAUUCUCCACAUAGAUUUAAGUAAUUGGAAGUAAAAUAUCUAAAGUCAAUUUUUCUAUGUUUUUUUAAAUACCUUUUUAACUUUUAAGACUUCAUGAAUAAAACUUUCAUCAUUAUGUUAAUUUUUGUGUCUUUUAUGAUUGUACGAAAUUGCAUGGAAAUAAUAAUUCUAAGAAUGUUAUCCUUCUACGAUUUGGACAAUAGUAAUUUUAUUUCAUUUAUUACAUUAAGACUGUUUAUGAAAUGCAUUGAUUUUUUAAUAGGGGCCAAUUAAAUGUGCAUAGUUGAUGGUUUGUAACAAAAAUAUAAAUUAUUUAUUAAUUUGUAAUUCUUGUAUAAUGAUGGCAGUAUCAAUAUUUGUGUGGUAUGGAGAAAAAUUUGGAAGUUGUUUAUGUUUACAGUUUUCUGUAUGCAACAAAUUAAUGGUACUUAUAUAUAUAUAUAUUUGAAUAUGUAAAGAAUGAACAUGGUUUAAAACAAUAUAUGUUUCUAAAAAUACUUAAAUAAAUUGCCAAUAUUGAUGAAAUUGCUCUUUUUUAAGUUCUGUGAACUGACAAUAGACAGAAGUUCAGAAAUACUUAAAUUCAUGAUACUUAAAAAAAAAUAAAUCACAAUUAGCUUUAAGUGAAAUACUUCAGUAUAGAUUAUAUAAGAGAUCUGUACUGAGGCUCCAAUUUUACGACAGAAUAUUCAUUGUGAGGCAUCUUAUGAUUUGUAUCAUUACCUGCAUAUUAGCCAUUUUAUUGAGAAUUACUAUUUUACUUGUAAACAAAUCUAGAUAAUUACAAUUAGUAACUUACUUAGUUUUUAAAACUAUUUGUCUAAGAUUUGAUAGUUAAAAUAACUUAUAAGGUGCAAUUUUAGAAUUUAUAUUGUGAAUAUUCAUGAGUUGCUAUUGGUGAGACAGUUGAUAGCUUUACCUUAUUAUUCUUUAGUAUUUGAGUUCAAAUUUCAGCAUGUAACUAGAAUAAACACAUCCUUAAAUACAUUUGAAAAUAGGCAUGUCAUAUUUCAGAUUGAUAUACAAUAUUUCGUUCUUGCUGAUGAUAAAUACAGAAAAUAAUCCUGAUAUUAUUAUAAUUAAAAUAAUUAUCCAAAUGAGUUUGUUUAUUAAAAUUAAAAUUUUAAGGUAUUUUUGUUUUCUCCUAUUUUUAAUAUAUAUUUAUUUUUAAAUGGAAAAUUUUAUUCUCUUACCAUAAAUUAAGAAUAAUUAAAAUCGAUUCUAAUGUUAGAUAGUUUAUUUUUAUUUAAUUUAAUAAUUUCAUCUAUAAUAAAAGAAAUUAUAAAUUCUAAUGAUUUUUUUCUCAAAAAUAUUUUAUCAGUUCUUUCAUAUUAGCUAUUUGAAACAUGGUAGAAAGGAAAGGGAUGCUUUAUCUGUUCAUCUCUCAAUAGAUAUAGCUUAAAAAAUAUAAUAAAAGUAAUAUUUAUUUAAAUGAAUGACAAAUUUUCCAUAUUAUGUCCUAAAACUAAACAUAAUAUUUAUUUUUUCCUUUUAUGUAUUUCAAAUUCUGAAAUAAUUUAAAAAAAAAAUACUUAACAGAGUUUCUAUUAAAAAAGUCUUUUUUAAAGUUUUAAUGCUUUGCUUUAUGAAAUCUUCAAUAGGGAGAAUAAUAUGUGAUAAAUAAUGUGUUUAUGUAUAUGGUGCAUUGUCAGAACAAUUUUUGUAUUUGUAAUACUUUUUAAAUGUAUGUGCAUUUUUUUCUUUGUAAAUGUUUUUUUAUUAAAUUUAAAAAUUCCCAUUUAAGUAUCUAUUGUAAAUAUAGCCUGCAUAUUAUGUAUAUUGUUUUUGUUUAAAAUUUUCUGAUACUAAGGAAUAGUAGCUACAGAGCUAAUUAAAUAUCUGUAUUUAUUUUUAUUCAAAGCUUUGCAGUAUAAGGAAUAAGAAUUUUGACAUAAAACAGGACUUUGAAAACAGCAGACUGCCACUAAGUCAUAUGGAUAAAUUUUUGAGGCAUAAGUUUUCUAAUUAAUUAAAUUUAAAAAAAUGGGAAGGGGGCACCUGUUUAUGAAAAUACUUUUAUAUUAAUGAUUAAAAAUUAUUGAAGAAAUUGUUUCCAAUUGUUUUAAGUAGUUAUUUUAUCUUUUGUUAAUUAUUGUUAGACUUGUAUAUUUUAUUCUUUUUUUUAACCUAAAUAUUAUAUGCUUGAGAAUUUUUAAAAACUGAAAACAAAAUUCUAGAAUGGAAAAAUAUAAUGCCAUCCUGUAUGUGGGGGAUUACAUAUCUUACUAAUGAAUGAGUUCAAACAUUUAAAGAUCAAAUAAAAAUUAAUAUUAAACAUUAAAAAACAUGAAUUUUAUUUUAACAGAUGUAUUAGCUAUGUCAUUAGAAAGAUAUUAUGAACAUUAAUAAAAUAAUGUUGUUCCUAUUGCUUUGCAAACUGUCUCCUCCUCUUCCGUUAGACGAAUGAAAGUAGAAAGGAGUGUUAACUGUCUGUAUAUCAUAUUUGAAUUUGUUCAUUUUCAAAUGUCUUGCAUCAUUUUCAUUGUAUUGAAUAUGUAUGAUAAAAUAGUUUAAAUAAAAUUUUUACUAUUCUGUGUAAUAA